GCCGCCCCCGGCCCCGGCCGCGCCCUCCGGCCAGUCCGGCCCCUCCGGCCCCUCCGGCCCCUCGGGCCAGCCGGGCCCGCCGCCCCCCGAGCCGCCCCCCGAGCCCGACCCGCGCUUCCCGGUGGUGCCCACGCAGUACGGGCGCCUGCGGGGCGCGCGCCGCGACCUCUCCAACGAGCUGCUGGGGCCGGUGCAGGCCUUCCUGGGGGUGCCCUACGCCGCCCCCCCGCUCGGCCCGCGCCGCUGGGCGCCCCCCGAGGCCCCCGCCGCCUGGGGGGGGGUCCGCGACGCCACGGCCUUCGCCCCUGCGUGCCCCCAGAACCUGCGCGCGGGGCCGCCGCCGCUGAUGCUGCCCCUGUGGCUCAGCGACAACCUGGAGGCGGCCGGCGCCUACGUGGCGGCGCAGAGCGAGGACUGCCUGUACCUGAACCUCUACGUGCCCACCGAGGAUGGUUUGCUCGGCAAAAAGCGCGAGGACGGCGCGGCCGGCGGCCCCCCCCCGGACUCAGACAUCCGUGACAGCGGCAAGAAGCCGGUGAUGCUGUUCCUGCACGGUGGCUCCUACAUGGAGGGGACGGGGAACAUGUUCGAUGGCAGCGUCCUGGCGGCCUACGGCAAUGUCAUCGUUGUCACCAUGAACUACCGGCUGGGGGUCCUCGGGUUCCUGAGCACGGGGGACCAGGCGGCCAAGGGCAAUUAUGGACUCCUGGACCAGAUCCAGGCGCUGCGGUGGCUCCAUGAGAACGUCGGGCACUUUGGGGGCGACCCCCAGCGCAUCACCAUCUUCGGCUCCGGCGCCGGCGCCGCCUGCGUCAGCCUCCUCAUCCUCUCACACCACUCGGAAGGCCUGUUCCAGAAGGCCAUCGCGCAGAGCGGCACGGCCAUCGCCAGCUGGUCGGUCAAUUACCAACCCCUGAAAUACACCCGUCUGCUGGCGGCCAAGGUGGGCUGCGAGCGCGCCGACACCGGCGCCGCCGUCGAGUGCCUGCGCCGGCAGCCCUUCCGCGCCCUGGUGGACCAGGAUGUGCAGCCCGCCCGCUACCACGUGGCCUUCGGGCCGGUGGUGGACGGUGACGUGGUGCCCGACGACCCCGAGAUCCUGAUGCAGCAGGGCGAGUUCCUCAACUACGACAUCCUCAUCGGCGUCAACCAGGGCGAGGGGCUCAAGUUCGUGGAGGACUCACUGGAGAGCGAGGACGGCAUCUCGGCCUCCUACUUCGACUUCACAGUGUCCAACUUCGUGGACAACCUCUACGGGUACCCCGAGGGCAAGGACAUCCUGAGGGAGACCAUCAAGUUCAUGUACACGGACUGGGCGGACCGCGACAACGGCGAGAUGAGGAGGAAGACGCUGCUGGCGCUCUUCACCGACCACCAGUGGGUGGCGCCGGCGGUGGCCACGGCCAAGCUGCACGCCGAGUACCAGUCGCCCGUGUACUUCUACACCUUCUACCACCACUGCCAGACGGACGCGCGGCCCGAGUGGGCGGACGCAGCGCACGGCGACGAGAUCCCCUACGUGUUCGGGGUGCCCAUGGUGGGAGCCACCGACCUCUUCCCGUGCAACUUCUCCAAGAACGACGUCAUGCUCAGUGCCGUGGUGAUGACCUACUGGACCAACUUUGCCAAGACAGGGGACCCGAACCAGCCGGUGCCGCAGGACACCAAGUUCAUCCACACCAAGCCCAACCGCUUCGAGGAGGUGGUGUGGACGCGCUUCGACGGCAAGGACAAGCGCUACCUGCACAUCGGCCUCAAGCCGCGCGUGCGCGACCACUACCGCGCCAACAAGGUGGCGUUCUGGCUGGAGCUGGUGCCGCACCUGCACAACCUGCACCAGCUGCCGCCCUCGUCCACCACCACGCGCCUGCCGCCGCCCCCGCGCCGCCCCCCGCCCACGCGGCGGCCCUCGCCCACCACGCCCGUGCAGAACGGCGGAUUCGGCGGCGGCGAGGAUGACGACGAUGACGGCGACGGGCGCCGGCGUUUCGCGCCCUUCCCCGGAGACUCGCGGGACUACUCCACGGAGCUCAGCGUCACCGUGGCCGUGGGCGCCUCCCUCCUCUUCCUCAACAUCCUGGCCUUCGCCGCGCUCUACUACAAGCGGGACAAGCGCCCCGUGGGGGAGGGGCUGCGGGGGGGUUUGGGGGUGGGGCCUCGGCGGCUGAGCCCGCCCACGGCCCCCACGUCAUCGUCGGGCCGCGUGGUGGCCACCAAUGACCUGCUGGGGGGUCACCACGGCGGGGGCGGGGCGGAGGAGGAGCUGGUGCAGCUGCAGCUGAAGCUGCCGGCGGUGGGGGGAGGGGUGGGCAUGAUGAUGGGGGUGGGGGGGAUGGGGGUGGGGCUGGGGGGAGGGGAGCCCCCCGAGGUGCCCCCCUCGGGCCCCCCCGAUUACACGCUGGCCCUGCGCAGGGCCCCCGAGGACGUGCCCCUCCCCCACGCCGCCCACGCCCCGCCCCCCUCCAGCGCCGCCCCGCCCCCCUCGCUGCUGCCCCCGCCCCCCACCACCAUCACCAUGGUGCCGGGGGGGCUCCCGGCCCUGCACCCCUUCGGGGCGCCCUUCCCCCCCCCGGGCCACAACAGCGCCCUGCCCCACCCCCACUCCACCACGCGCGUAUAGGGGGAGGGGCCAGGGAGCCCCGCCCCCGAUCCUGCCCCGCCCCCCGCUCUUGCCCCGCCCCCACUCCUAGUCCUGCUCCACCCCCACCGCUCCUGACCCCGCCCCGAAUGGACUAAAGGGGGGGAAACCCCUCUGCCACCCGCCCAUCCCCCACCCAUUACCCUCCCCCACCCCUAAAAUUGCGGGAGGGAAACCCCAAAUACGGGGUCACCCCUCCCCCACCCGCUGAUGAUUUCUGGGGACUCCACUCCCGUUCCUGCCCCUCCCCCCACCCCGUGGGGGGGCUGAGCCGCAUGGGGACCCCUCCCCCACCCUGGGGACCCCUCCCCCACCCUGGGGACCGCCCCUCCCUCACCCUCCAAAAAUAAAUCCCGCAUGGGAAUCCGCCCCUCCCCCACCCCAGCCGGAAUUAUGGGGGGGGGGGUCGCCCCUCCCCCCAUACCCCGCCUCUCCCCCACCCCCCAAAAACCAGGGGGGAGCCCAAAAAUGGGGUGGGUGAGGGGCUGACCCAGUGGGGGAGGGGAUUUGGAGACCCACCCCCCACAAAAGCUGCAUGAUCCUGAUUGGCUGGGCCAGAACGAGGCCAAACCCUGGGGGGGGGAGGGGUCCCAUCUCUGCCCCUCCCCACCCACGAUUUUUUUCCCAAUUUUAGAUUUUUUUGGGGUUUUUUUUUGCCGCUUUCUUGGACGGAGAAAUUUGUGCCAAACGUCGGGGGAGGGGCGGCCCGGCCCCUCCCCCCUUCCCCUCCCCCAUCCUCCACCCAACCGCUGACCCCCCCCCC